GCGGGCGGCGAGGCCUGCGCACCAGGCUGCGGGAGCCAUGCGGCAGACGCGGAAGACCGCGUCCUCCGAGCCUCGCGGGCAGGAGCGUCCCCGGGCCUCUAGGGCCCCCGCGGCCGCCGCCUCGGCCCCCGGCUCCAGCCGCGCACGGCGCCCCACGGCCCAGGCCCGGGGUGGGAGCGGGGAGGCGGUUAGGCAGUCGUCGGCGAAGCAGCGGCCGAGGCAGUUGUCGCCGCGGGCCCAGGAGGUGGGCCCAGGGGAGCCGCCGCCGGAGCUGGAGCUGCUCCCGCCGCCGCCUCCCCCGACCCCGGCAACCCCGACGUCCUCGGUGGCGACGCUGGAUUUGGGCGACCAGCGGGAGCGCUGGGAGACAUUCCAGAAGCGGCAGAGGCUCACCUUCGAGGGGGCCGCCAAGCUCCUGUUGGACACCUUUGAAUACCAGGGCCUGGUGAAACACACAGGAGGCUGCCACUGUGGAGCAGUUCGCUUUGAAGUUUGGGCCUCGGCAGACUUACACAUUUUUGACUGCAACUGCAGCAUUUGCAAGAAGAAGCAGAAUAGACACUUCAUUGUUCCGGCUUCUCGAUUCAAGCUCCUGAAGGGAGCCGAGAGCAUAACCACAUACACGUUCAACACGCACAAGGCGCAGCACACCUUCUGUAAGAGAUGCGGCGUGCAGAGCUUUUACACCCCCCGCUCCAACCCCGGAGGCUUCGGAAUUGCCCCACAUUGCCUGGAUGAGGGCACCGUGCGGAGUGUAGUCAUUGAGGAGUUCAAUGGCAGCGACUGGGAGAAGGCUAUGAAGGAGCACAAGACCAUCAAGAACAUGUCUAAAGAGUGAGCUCCUGCUUCUCCCUUCCUGCAAAGGAGGAAUGACUGGGGCCGGCAGCUGUGCUGCCCCUCUGCACCUCGGCGGUGCUCAUGAAUGUGGCUGACCCCGGCCACUGGUGCCGUUGACCAGUGGCCGUCUCAACCUCUGCAGUUUGCUCCAGCUACCAGUUUCUUUAGGCAGCUCUUUGUCCUUCCUCAGCCCAGAUUUUGAUGUAAGCUAUUUGACAUCCUUCUUUC